AUGGGAAGAGAAGUAUCAGAGAGUUGCGUCGAUAGCCUACUGACAGAAAUGGUAUCAUCAUACUGUAAUCGAUUUUACUCUAAUAAACCUGAGCUUGCUGCUCGUCGGAUCGAAGCCAUUGGUUAUCAAGUCGGGCAUCAGCUCUCUGAACGGUACACAAUGGAACGGCCUCGUUUUACUGAUCAUUUAGAGGCAAUUAAGUUCAUAUGCAAAGAUUUCUGGUCUGAGUUGUUUAAGAAACAGAUUGACAACUUGAAAACAAAUCAUAGAGGUACAUUUGUGUUGCAAGAUAAUAAAUUUCGCUGGCUAUCACGAAUUUCGACGGAUCCAUCGACGGAGAAUGGAUCGCAAGAUCCUGAAAGUAAGGCUGCACAAGCAAUGAGCAUGUAUUUGUAUUUUCCUUGUGGGAUUAUAAGGGGCGCGCUUUCGAAUUUGGGGAUUCCGUGUGCUGUUUCUGCUGAUAUGUCCAGUCUUCCGGCCUGUUCAUUUGUGAUCCGUAUAAAGGCUUGA